AUGUGUUUUCAAUUUUAUUAAGAGACCCUUUAACUGAAGAAGUUAGGGAACAGAUUUAUCAGCAAGAUAUUACAUAUAUUUUUAAAGGAAUGGAUACAAUAUCUCAUUAUUGUUUAUGUUAGCUAAAUAUCCUUAAAUUUUAACAGAGAGAAUAAUUAAAUGAGAUUGUUUUUGAGGAUAUUGUUUAAAGAUUAAUAAAUACUUUAAAAUUAUUAAAUGCAUUUAUAAAUGAAAGUCUAGGAAUAAAGUGAUGGAAUAAUUGCAAGAUUAGCUGUUAAAGAUUAUUAGAUGGGAUAUUAUUUAAUCAAAAAAGAUUGUUGUUAUGUUCAUCCAGAAUAUUUUUUAAUUUAGAAAGAUGGUUAAAUACAUCAGAAUCAGAAGCAUUUUUACCUUUUUUCAAAUGGUUCAGUAUUGUUUAGGACCUUUUAGUAAAAAUAGAAACUAUAUUACUUAUUUAUAUAAUAAACAUGUAAAGAUAUUAUAGAUCCACAUUGA